GUAAGUUUCAUCUUUGAGAUUCACGUCUUAACACUGAUAUGUGGAGUUUCACUGUUAGGCAGGGAAAAUGAUUAGACGAGAAUGGCAUUGGGUAAGUAGAAAUUAUAUAAAUAAUAACAGAAUGAUGCUUCAUAUAUAUACUAGUUAGACUAUUAAAUAUACAUGUCCACGAUUCAACACGUUUUGAAAUAGUAUAUGUAGUUAAUAUGCCGGAUAAAUUAAACUGGAUUCAGUUUAACGGAAACCCUUCACUCUUAUAAUUUCUAGACUGUAUAUUUUAGUGAGAGUUCAUUGUUGUUAUUGAACAUAUUUCAAACCGGCCAAAGAUUGUAGCACCAUAUGAAAGUUAGAAAGUAAAGGAAAAAGGAUAUGAAAAUUAAUGACCCUAUGCGGAAUUUAUAGAACUGCUUAUAAUUAUGGUGUGUCGCGAUUAGUUUCCGCAUAAGAAAUACUUUAUGAAGUUUCUUUUAAAUUUAAUCUAAUCAUUCAUUAGUACUCUGUUAGUUUUAAUAAUUUAUUGAGAACUGGUGCUCUUUGGUUUAAUUUUGUGCAUAUGAGUUAUGAAAUGAGAUCACAAUGGUAUAAAUCUUUUAGUUAUGAAGUUUUUAGCUAAUUUAAAUUUUAUGUCCGUGUGUGGCGUAUUAAAGAUUUUCUUUGACUUCUGGUCUUAAUGACUAGACUCGAAGCGUACAAUAAUCACGGUGCAGUAAGCUUGGCCUCUGAAGCUUGGUAUAAGGUCAUACAGAGCUGCGUUAUUGCACUUAAAUGCUGAAAAACGCUACGCAAUUGUGAUCCGAGACUACUAUAGGGCGUUCCUGGUGGUCACCAUACGACCCGUGCUGAUCACAGAAAACAGUUCAGGUGAAGGAAUUAGUUUUGGUGAAAAAGGAAAACGGGAGAACGCGGAGAGAAACGUUUUAAGCACAAGAAAGAACGAACUAAGACCCUGACCUUUGAAUGAAACAGAAGAGUGGCAAAUCGCUUCCAUGGUUUCAUAAGUAUGAUAGAAAGUGGGCUAUUGCUCUUAUGUUACCAUGUUUGCUUGGCGAUAAAGUGAUUAAAAUGCGGGAAACUUUCUUUGUAAGAAAAGGAAUUCCUGAAAGAAGUGUUAUAGUUUGUCUGCAUCCAUCAGAAUCUUCAAUUAGCCUGAAUAGCAGCCUUUUUUUGGGAGGGGGGAGGACUUGCGGGUGGGAAAAUAAAGGCGGUCGCAGAAAAUCGCCAGCCGUAUACGCACGCUUCUGAUCCGAACUGGAAAUAUUCUUCAGUUGCGAAUUUUUCAACUAAGCUGCGCUAUAAGAGCGAUCGCGCCUCUCAAAAUUGAAGGUCUGCAACAAUACCUCCAAUCACGUUUCAAGCACUACCCUAAAGUAGCCUUGAAGUAGUACCUUUGGGGGCACCUUUCGAGCUGGUGGCACGGAGCAAAGUGCCCCCCGCCCUGUUCCCACACGCACAAGCACACGUAGCAACACCCUAGAGUAGCAAGUUUAACUCAGUUUUAAAGAACAAUGCCAGCCAUGCUUCCUAAAAUGAAGCUAUUAUGCGCAGUCAUCUCAAACUUUGUUUCAUUUUUUAUUAGACGUCUACACCGUUCUCGUGUGCGUUUUGGCCUUGAUAUUUUCCUUCGCGUUAUCACUCGUGAUAAUAUUAGUAAUACAACUACGUAGACGAUAUUUCAAGCAACGAAAAUUGGCCUCAAAGAAAGAUAAACCGUUCACCCCACAGGAAAGAGAGAGCCUGACGAAGCAACAGUCGAAACGGCUUGACAGCGUAUUGGAAGAACUAGGAGAAGGCCCCGACAACGUGUUUGAAGAACAAGAACAACUCUCAAGUCUAAAUGCUUCCCAGAUUUCAUUUUCUUUAUACCACAACCCCAGCGAAGAUAUCCUAGUCUUAGAUAUCUGGUCUGUCUCAGACACCCCUACUGAUUUUAUAAAAGGCUAUGUCGAAGCGCAGUUAUUCCCCUCGGAUUUCGAAGCCGGUCAAUUUCGCACAAAUGUUAGAGAGUGUCUUGAUAAUGCGGUUAUUUUUAACGAAAGUUUUGGCAUCCCAAAUGUGAGCUCUGAAAUGAUCGGUAAUGUUUACUUAAAAUUGUUUCUGUACAAAACGUUUGGGGUUUAUCAGCCUAAAUGUGUUGGUCAUACCGUGUUCGCGCUCAAUGACGUCCCCUGGAAUCCAUUUGGGAAGACGCAAUUUACGCACGAACUACGUCAUGUAAGUAAAAUCAUAGAGAUUAUAAAUAACACGUGUUAUUUAUAAUCUCUAUGAGUAAAAUAUAGUUUUAUAUCAACCUGCGACUAGGCUGAAAAAAGCCCGAUGAAAGUUCAGGCUUACAGAUCGAUAAUAAACUUUGCCAAAUGUUCUAAAAGCAAUCUUUUGCAAAACGUACGUCACUCACAUUAAACAAGUUACGAGUGUUUUAUGUAUAAAAAACAUACUAUAUUGUUUUUCCUAAAGUUUGAAUAAUGCCAACAAGCGUUUUUACUUGAAAUAUUGCUUGGUAUUCGUUUUUCAAAAACAGAAAAUAGUAAUUAAAAAUAUUGGUCGCAAAUAUAGAGGAUAUUAGACGAAGAAAUAUGGAUUUUUAUAUGUUCGAGUGGCAAAAACAAUAUCUUUGACACGAGAACAUAAAUCCAUAUGUUCUCGCAACCGUUUAAUGUUCUGUUUAUUAUAUGUAUGGACUUUAUACUCAGAGUGACAAAAAUACACACAAAGACGACAUGUAAAUAAGCACGCGAAAGACCAGUAUAAAAGCGAUAUUUUUUUAAAUUAUAGUGCAAACAUAAAACUAGAAUAAAUUUUACUUAUCUCAAGAUGUCUUUUAAAUGUUUUCGUUUUAUUUCCAACGUUAAUUUCGUAGUUUAAACACGAACCAAAGACCAUUUGUAUUUUCAAAACAACAAUGAAAAUGGCGGGAAAUUUUCGAAUUCGUAAAAAUACGCGCACCUGGUCCCGGAUGUAGUGACGUACGAGUUCUACGAGUGCUUUAGUUUCCAGGCCUUUCCAGUAAAACACCAUUGUCCAUAUAAUAAAAGUUAAUAAAAGUUAAUAUGUUACAAUAUCAUAAAAAACAGGUAAAGGUGGGGGUGCUAUAUGAACACCGCUUCCACAUCACAGAGUCAAAACCUUUUUAACAGAAGCGUACAGAGUAUAAUAAUUGUGCUUGGGGCCGCUAGACCUUACUUUUGCCGACAAAAUGUGCGUGGUCAAUGCUAUGUUAUCGAAACUGGUUAUGAUUAAGGCACGGGUUAAAUUUGUGAUUUUAGCACCAGGUAGGCGAGUCACCAACCACACCAGCAAUCACCACAGAUGAGGAGUCACCAUGUUCUUCACCAUCACCAUCCCGAGCAGAGAAAGGAGAAUUAUACAUUUCGUUGAGAUAUCAAAGCAAGUCAGGGAGAAUUAACGUCGUUGUUUUGAAGGCUGAGAAUAUCGAGCGAGGAAAUGUUUUACAAAGUGGUAAGAAAUUUUGUCGAUUGCCUAAUUUUCCAACUUUUCAUCCCUAUAUAUAUUUUAAAGGUAAAGAUAGAAGAUGCAUGGCAGAGCGCUGAAUUGCAAAGGACAUAACUCAAACGUGAUCAUCAUAACUCAAACGUGAUCAGGCUUAUUGGGGCGCCUCUGGCUAUAUUUCAUAUGUCUGAUCACGGGGAAUAGCUAAGGUGAAAAGAUUAGGGUUUGGCGAGAAAGCAGAACAGAAUACCCAGAGAAAAACCUUUCAAGCACAAAAGAGAACAAACUACAACUCCACUGAAAUGAAUAGACCGUGAAAUUUUGAUCUAGACAAGUCUGGACAAAAAUUUCAUCACAGCUUGAAAGAGCAUCACAAAAUUAGUAAUAUUCCAAAGUUUCGUUGCGAAAUGUUGUAAAAUGCGGAUAAUAUAUAGCCUUGCGAAGUUUGCCGUUUUUCAGUCAUUUUGCAUUACAAUCUAACAUUUUGCAUCAGUUUGAUCAUCUGAUUAUCAAUUUCCCAUUUGUAAUGCAAAAUGACUGAAAAACGGCAAACUUCGCGAGGCUAUAUUAUCCGCAUUUUACAACAUUUCGCAACGAAACUUUGGAAUAUUACUAAUUUUGUGAUGCUCUUUCAAGCUGUGAUGAAAUUUUUGUCCAGACAUGUCUAGAUCAAAAUUUAACUUAAAAGGGGAAAGGUCUAUUGCAACCAUCUGUAUUUUCCAGAUCCGUAUGUUAAAAUCAAGCUGCUCUUGCUGGGUGAAGUUAUAGACAAGAAGCAGACAAAAUCACAAAGACGAAAUUCGAACUCGUGUUGGAAUGAACCGUUCGUAUUCAACAUCGAUGAAGAGAAGGGUCUCAACAACUACGAGCUGAUCUUUCUGGUGCGCAGGCGUGAUAUUCUCUCGCCUCAUUCCACUGUCGGGGUCGUGCGUAUUGGUGCCCAGGUCGGCGGCGCGGGGCAGUCACACUGGUAUGCAAUGAUGGCCAAAGGAAAUCUUAUGAGACAAGUUGCACGACGUCACAAAAUAAAAUGAAACGGAACUUAUGCCAAAUGGAAGUUGAUAACUUUACUUAACGUUGGAUAUUGACUUUAAAAUAGCUUGUAGUAAAAAUGUAAAAACAGACGGAAGAAAAUUUAUACUAAAUUUGUGGUGAU